AAAGCACUAUGUAUGAAGGAAAUAGUCUGUCUGCAUCUGGCUACCAUCUAUGUAUUCGUAAUGAGACAAAGAUGGUGAGUUUCCUGGUGAUGCAUAAGGUCCCUUAUACUGUGAUAAAGCCUUGUGGCGGAUGGCUCCUCUGGAAGACAUGCACAGUCACACUUCACAGGAUGAUCCAUCAGACUGAGUACAGGACAGUGAUGGAGCAGGUUACCCAGUGCUGCGAUGGCUACGUACAAGUCGGCCGUUACUGUGCCCUGCCUGUAAACAGGAGCGGGGAGCUCAUCGCCAAGCCAGGAUCCUGUCCAACUGCAGAUGGAUUGUAUCCCGGAUCUGAGGACUGUGAGUGGGACAUGGACUGCCCAGGCAGGCAAAAAUGCUGCCAGAGAUUGGGUCGCUCCCUCUGCAUUCAUCCUGCAAGCUCAGGACAUUAUUCUGAAGAUGGAGGAUACCGUCUGAACGCAACAGUGACAGUGAAGAUAGAUUACCAGCAACUGAUGUCUAAGGAUAGAGGACUCCUGAAUCACACGCGAUUACUACAAGCAAUGAUGACAGGAGCUUUGCAGUCUGAUGACGUCUCAGUCUACUACCUCAGCUCAUGGCCUGUGCACCCAUACAGAACUGCUACCUCACUGCUGAUUGACUGCAAUUUUACUCUUUCACUGUACAAUGUCACAUCAACGUUGCAUCUUCUUCUCAAACACAUACAGGAGGUGUCAUCUGUAACUGUUCAAGAUGUAGAUGAGUGUGCAGACUCUGCUCUCUGUCAGUGCUCCCCUCAGGCAGACUGUAACAACACAGUGGGUUCCUACCGGUGUACCUGCCGCCAGGGAUAUAUCGAUGUUGACCCCAGCAACCCUGGAGCGCAUUGUAUAGCUGACGUCACGGUGUGGACCACCACAGAGACCCCGCUGACCUACCUUCCAUCCAUGAACACAACCUACACCCCAGCUUCCAAUACCACACUGGACCCUCCAGGCAACAGCACAGUCGGUAUCUUCACCUCCUCUGAGAUCAGCAUGACUACAGCUCUGACUAAUACAAGUUCUGUCCCUUAUAAUUCAUCACAUACUCCGCAGUGGAUAAGUUCUGCACCGCAUACAAGCAUGAGCUCAACUGUGGAGUUGCCUCUGCCGACAACCACAUGCUCUCCUCCCAGCAUCGCCACCUUAACGUCGUCUAAUGUCACUGGAACCUCCUUCUGUGUGUACUGGUCCAGCCUGUUUCCGAAAAACCAGACCUACCAGGUCGUUCUAAGCAACGGGUCAGAGGUCAUUCAAUUUUGGGACACCAGUCAGACCAUGAUCGAGGUGAGGGAACUGCAGCCUGGGGUGCUCUACAAUGUUACCGUCACGCCUUGUGCCUGUGGAAGUCAAGGAGUCGCCCAUCAUAUAUUGGUCAAGACUGAUGCUCAGACUCUUGACGCCACAGCUCGACUUACCAACAUCCAGUUCACCACUGACCUGCAGAACACCAGCAGCCAGGCCUACAAAAACCUCACUGCGAGUAUUAUAGAGGAGAUCUACCAGUCUCUGUCUCCAGAGAUGAAGGCCAUUGUGGAUUCGGGCCAGGUGAGAGUCAAGAUCAGAAGCUUUUCACUGGGCAGUGUGGUGGUCAACUUCACCCUCAUCUUCACCCCCAGUCAAAGCCAAGACAUCAGUAAUGUGUCCACAGCUCUGCUAAACUCCCUGAUGGUCAGCUCCAAAUACUCAGUGGAUAGAAACAACACAGGCAUAAAUGAUUUUAAUGAAUGUGCAUCAGGGGAAAAUGACUGUUCCCAAUGGGCUACAUGUACAAACAGCUGGGCCUCUUACACAUGUGUUUGCCUGGACGGAUUUAUAGACAACAACCCAGAAAGGCCUGGACGAGCCUGUCAGGUAAUUGCUACCUGGGAGACAAUGACAUCAUCACCGACACCCACGAUAUUUUCUACAGUUAGUACUACCCCUGUCUCUCUCAUGACACCCCCACCCAGUGAUCCAGCUUUAACCACCAGUCCAGGGACGGCCACAGUCACUAUAUCAACAAGUGAAAUGGAUUCCACUACAGUCACACCUACCGCACUGGUUUCAACCACUUCUACAGUCACAGCUGUUGCAGCUACAGGAGUCCAACUUGUAACCACUGCUACCACCACGUCUACCACUGCAAAUACCACUCCUGCAUUGACAACCCCUGCUACUGCCCCAACAACAAGCACUGCUGCCCCGACGACGACUACUACCCCAACAACUGCCACUACUUCCCCUGCACCCGCCACUUCUGCCCUGACAAAGAUCACUUCUACCACUGCAACUACUGCUCCAACAACCAUCCCUACUGACCCCACAAUCAACACUACUGACCUUACAACAACCUCUGCCCCACCAACUAGCACUACCGACCCUACAACCACCACAACUGCAAUGACAUCUAUGACUUCUACGCCCACAACCACCGUUGCCAACCCUACUAGCACUGCUACAGCUCCAACAACCAAUGCUACUGUCCUGAGAACUGCCACCAAUGUCUCUAUGGAAGGGGCCAUCUCAGUCCAGUGCAGGGUUCCUGCCAUCACUGUGACAGUUGCCAGGGAUUUUCUUCUGAGCACCAAAAUCAGGGAAAGCACCCUAUACUUGGGCUUGCUGGGAUGUGGUGUCAACGGAGGCAAUGCCACCCAUGCCCAGCUGACUGUAGCCUGGAAUGAGUGUGCCACUAGACUUGUGCAUAAUGAGACCUACUACAUGGCAUCUGUAACCCUGUUCAACACCAUGGAUCCAUACACCACACCCGGUGGAACAGUGGAGGUACCCAGAAUACGGCUGGAGGUUCCCAUCAUGUGUACCUACCUGAAGAGCAUGCUUAUCUCUGCUGACUUCGGCUCCAUGGGGUAUAACAUGAUCAAAGAUGUCAUCACGGGCUUGGGCUCAUUCCAGGUGACGGUGCAGCUGAUGAACGGCACAGUGCCUCUACCCCACAACUACAGCUUGUCCCCUGAGGAGGUCGUGGUGGUGGAGGUCAGCCUGAAAACCUCCUCAGAGCAGAUUAAAGUGGUCAUCAAUAAGUGUUGGGGUACUCCCACCCCGAAUCCUGCAGAUACCUACAGCUACACCUUCCUGGAGAACAGCUGUUCCCUAAACGCAUACACCAAAGUAUUGAUGAACGGGAGGGCCAACACAUCUCGCGUGUCGGUGCAGAUAUUCUCCUUCAUCAACCUGAAUGUGAUCUAUCUGCACUGCCAGGUCCACAUCUGUGUGCAGAUUGGAUCAGAUACCUGUGUGCCUGACUGUUUGCAAAGAACAGCUCGAUCUUCAAAUACAAUUGGAACAGCUUUUGGUUCUUCUGGACCUCUACUCAGAUCAGAUGAAGAGUCUACGGAGCAGGAAUAUAACACCCUUCAUAUAGUUGGCCUCGCCUGUCUUGGAAUUGGUCUCAUGCUCUUCUUCAUCGUUGGUUUUGUCUGCCUUUUCUACUACCAAAGGAACCGCAUUGGACACUACAACUUCAGUGUCAAACCCAAGCAGGAGAACUUCACCUACCUUGUCUUCAACACCUAG